AUGAUGCAUGGCUUGGUCGCCUACGGCGACGACCUCAGCGACCACGAAGAUCCGAACGUACCCUCCACGUCGAACUCGCAGGAACAGCAGCAGAAAACAGUCACUGAUGAUAAGCCGCUUAGGGCGCGAUCUGACGCGGCAUCAGAAUCGGCACGCCGGACAAUACCUCAGGUCGUCAUCCGUCGGCCUGCACACGUAAAGCCGCGUCCGCGCUCGCGUCUCUCCGACGAACUCAAUGACCCCGGCUCGAACUCUGCCGGGGUCGACGAGCACAGUUCAGAAAACCCGGAACACGCUGAGGAAUAUACUGAUGACGCGCACUUGCAAAGCAACGAAGAGCCUUCAGAUGAGCUGACGCGCGUCCGGGCGGCUCUCAGACCGCCGCCCAUACCAGGCGUGGAGGACUGGGGCAUCCCGCCAGAGUCGUCGGAGCCCUGCGACCCCGCGAUCGAGGCGAAGCUCACCGAGUUUUUGGCACUUAAACGGGAUCCAACGAAUCCGAAGCACUUUAACGACUCGCUCAUGUCGAACCGUUCCUUCCGAAAUCCGCAUUUGUAUGCGAAACUCGUCGAAUUCGUCGACGUUGAUGAACGCGCGACCAAUUUCCCAAGACGACUCUGGGAUCCUAGUGAUAUGCACGAGGAGUGGUACGCGGACCGCAUCGCUGAGUACCAAAAGGUCCGCUCAGAGCAACAGUCGGCCGCACACGCUACCGGCGGCAAGCGGCAGAUCGACUUCGCCAGUGCAACAUCCUCUUCAGGCACGCAACGGCCGCGAAUGUCCGUGCCAAACACGCAUCACCGCCCUGCGCGGGAGCUGGGGGGCGGACGAAAGAGUCGGUUCCAGCCCAUUAGCGGUGGGUAUGGCAAGGAAACGGGGGGAAGUCGGUGGGGAUAA